AUGAAUGUUAAAAGAUUUGAAACUGAAGAGCGUUUGAGUCCGGAACCGGUUGAUGCUGAGGAAACCUCAACUAGAAAGAAUGAAGUUUCGUGUGAAUGGAAACCUGAACAGAUUUUAAGCAGACCUAGAAUAGACUGUCGACUUCCAACACGUUUUGAGGA